UAGUACACUUAGACCAGCCCCCUGCACAUGCACCAGACGCUGUCCUGAGGGAAACUUUGGGAGUCGGGCUACACACAAGAAACACAGAAUGAACAGCAACGUGGUUAAUAUAGAGACAAGGAACAUGGAAACCCAGGCAGGCUCGGUGCUCUACAUCGACAUAAUUGUAGACGAAAGCGAUCUGAAAAGCGGGGUUAUUUCCUUGCUAAAGAAACUGCGGCCCCAUUGGAAACAUACGGAUAUUAAACUGAAGUUUUUUACUGAAGGCAUCACAAACAUGCUCAUAGGCUGCUACACAGAUGAAUCAAUGGAAGAAGUUAUCCUGGUCCGCGUGUACGGCAAAAAAACUGAACUCUUUGUAGAUCGAGAAAAUGAAGUGAGAAGUUUCCGAAUUCUUCAUUCGCACAGCUGUGGGCCAGAACUCUACUGUACUUUUCAGAAUGGCAUUUGCUAUGAAUUUGUGAAGGGCACUGUCCUGGACAAAUGGCUGGUGAGACAGCCAACCAUAUACAGAUUAGUUGCAAUGGAAAUGGCAAGAAUCCAUUCUAUUAAGCCUGAAAAUGGAUAUCCCAUCAAACCAGUUCUGUGGAAGAAGCUCUCCACAUACCUGAGUUUAAUUAAUGCCAGUAUGAUUGAUUCAAGAGUAAGUGAGUGGUUUCAGACAGAAGUUCCCAGCUUUGACAUAAUUGCGAGUGAAAUUGAAGCGCUCAAAAAACAACUUUCUCAAAUCAAAUCCCCAGCGGUCCUGUGUCAUAAUGAUCUUGUGUGUAAAAACAUAAUCUACAAUGAAGCUAAAGGUUUUGUAAAGUUCAUUGACUAUGAAUAUGCUGGCUGCAACUACCAGGCAUAUGACAUUGGCAAUCACUUCAAUGAAUUUGCAGGUGUGAAUGAUGUAAACUACAACCUUUACCCAAGUCAAGAGCUGCAGAGAGACUGGCUGGCUACCUACUUAGAGACCUACAAGCAAUGCAAUAGCAUGGAACCUACCGUGACUGACCUAGAAGUGAAUAAACUAUAUGUGCAAGUAUGCAAAUAUGCUUUGGUUUCACACUUUUCCUGGGGCCUCUGGGCUCUUCUUCAGGCCAGAUACUCCACGAUUGACUUUGAUUUCCUGAGGUAUGCAGUGUCGCGUUUCAACUUCUACUUUAAGAAGAAAAAUGAAAUCCUAGCAAUGCAAUUCCCAUAAAGAUAUCCACAAUGAAUGUGUUCCUAAUGUCUGACUGGAAAAUGGAUUUGAACAACAACGAAACUGAUUUAGUUGCUGCUGAUGAAAGAAAAAAGUAUUCUAUGUUACACAUUUUACAAAGCCUUUGAAAUGUAUAUUUUUAGUGAAACAGAAAAUAUGUUGGGUUAAUAGACUACUAUGCAACACUGGUUUUAAAAAGACGGUAUAGCAAAUGAAAUGAUUACAUAGAUCUUACCCAUUUUGCAUUCCAUUCUCUGUGUAGGUUUCAUAAGUUCUACUUAGAAAGUAACAUUAUAACAAAUGAUAUUUUGUACCCAUCUAGGUUAAGGAAAGCUCUCUGUUUAGGUAGACUGCCACUGUUUCACUUCACCUCAUUUUUCCUUUCUUUAGUCAGUCUUUCACUGGCUGCAGUUUAUGUCUGUCAUUAAGGGAAGUAGCUGGUUUUUUAAUGAUUGAAAAGAAGACAUGGAAUGCGUACUGUCAAAUCACCCGGUAAAAUGACCAAGGAAGUGAAGCACUACAUGACACAUUGUCCUGUAAGAAGGCGUUGUUUUUGCUUUACAGGUGAAAUGUCUUUAACCAUGCAUUACCAGAUAUAAUAUUUACCUGUAAUAAAAUUGAAGUGCAUCACAAUCACUGUGUUUGCUACAAAACUGGGUGGUAAGAGAGGGAAUGUUCAAUUGUUCAACCUAAUAAGAAAAAUACAUUUCUUAAUAAUAAGUCUUCUUAUAUCUAUUCCCAAUAGUGUUAUAAAGUAAAAUAAAUAAAUAAAUAAAUACAGAAAUAAAUAAAUAAUUUUGUAUUUUUUUAAUGGAAAUCAGUUGUAAUAACCUGAAUGCAAAAUUUGACAUACGUUUCUGCUUAAUGGCUUGGCUAAAUGUUUAGAAUGUUUUUAGCCACAAUUUAGAAAAAAAAAAAGAUAAACUUAUCUGGCAAAUUCAACCGUUUUUUUUAAAGCCAACAUCCUGUAAUUGUUUCCUUAUUUUGGCCUGGCAGCUCAAAGCCGCAAUAAUAAAGAGCUAUCAUAAAAAGUUAAGAGGGUUGUUUUCAUAUGAGCACAGAAUUAAAGCCAAUCGGAAAAUGUAUUGAGUUUAGCUUUGUAUUAAUUUUACAAUAACCCCCAAUUAAGUUUUUUAUGAACAGAAGGUAAAUCCGUUACUUGAUUUCUUCCAAGUUUUUUUUUUUUGUUUUUUUGGGGAUAAUGUUAACUACAUUGUUUUUUUCAGGAUACUUUUCAGCAUGCAGUAUCAAAAUAGCCUGUGAUGUGUGGAGGCAGACAGGCAGAAUUAUUGGGGUGCCUAUUAUAGUUAAUCAUAGUUCAACCUCCUGUUUUAGAGUUACUGCACAUGAAGUGAAGCAGCAAUCCUUUCAAACAACUGUACUGUAUUCUGACACUAGAAGACAAUUUAACAAAAAAAUAAUAAAAUAUGUCAGGUAGCUUUGUGAACAGUGUUCACUUUGAAGUAUAAUACAAAUUUUAUAUAUAUAUAUAUAUAUAUAUAUAUAUAUAUAUAUAUAUAUAAUAUAUAUAUAUAUAUAUAUAUAUAUAAUACACACACAAAAAAUGCUGUACACAGCUGCACUUUUUGUAUAAAUUUGUUUUCAUAUGUUGAAUCCAGAUGUUUAGCUGUCAAAUAAUGUGUUUCAAAUAAAUACCUGCUGCACAACUUCCAAAAUUGUUGUAAAUUUUGUAAUCUUGUAUUUCUUUUUUUUUAAUCAUUACUGGCUUGGCUGC